CCACCUCGUCCAAAAUCUCCAGUCAGUAGCGGCCACCGUCCACCGUCCAGCGUCACCAAAAUACAACACACACAAAUCUGUUCCGUUUUCGCUCAGCCCGCCGAGGUUUCGUCGUCCCCAGCAGAAAAGACGACUCAUUCAUUGCCAGCACAACAAGUCAAUAAACCGCGCAGUUAUCUCAAAUUUGCGUUGCAACUGAAUACCUAAUGCCGUCAGGUACCUGCCUACCAAGUUAGGUAUCUAUGGCCUACGUAGUAGAUAUCACCGUCUCUUCUCGACAAGCCAAGCCAUCCAGAUACAGAAGGGGUGUGUGGCUUCUUUAUCUACACUCCCCUGAGCGCCGCCUUUUUCACUCUUUCUGUGACGGCGAUGUCUGUUUCUGCUGGACUACGGAGUGGACCGGCCGCCUUCAAGGAUUCGGCCCCUGCUCGCUCCUCCAUCCGCUCCGUUCCUCGCUCUCUAGCACACGUCGUCUGUUGCCGUCGCCGUCGCCGCUGGCGUGGUCAUCUCUCUCGACAAAAGUAUAGAUGAGGUUAUCUCGAAACGCAUCUUGGCUUGGCUCAUCAUUCGAUGCAAUUUCUCAACAUAAAGCCACCACAAGUCAGAAGCGAGGCUUUCCCUAGGCAUGCCCGACGAGGGUUCUCUCAAGCGAGCCAGCACUGAGCAUUUCCUGGCCUUGUCCGAAAUGUCUUGGCAACGCUUGGGCUGGCCAGGAUGGCUUUGGGCUUGACGAUUUACAGUGUCCUCUGCAGCGCUGCAGAAAGAGUAACACCGAUGGGUGCUUGACAUUGGUUAAAAAAUACCCGGUUUGCUCAAUGGAGGGAGGCCCUGGCGCCAUCUGACUGGACGGAGGCAUUCAACCAAAGUGCGAUAAUUCCCUUGGGCAAGCCUUCUAUGGUCGAAGUCAAUUCAUUGUUGUGCUAAGCUCACCACGUCCUGAGAAUACGUGAGGUGUAUGGCUUGUGAUUUCUAACUGACUGCAUGGUUAUCUGGAGACUGGGCAAUUGACUUACAACUCAAAAAGAUUUGAUUGGAGCCUGUAAGGCUCCAUGGUUACAUCUCGUGGAAAUUUACACGCAUUGGACGAGAGCAAAGCUCAACCUUGGAGGUCCUGAACUGUCUUGCGUAGCUGACGCAAUGGAGACAGCCAGGGAACUCGAACAGACAAGACAAGCAAGGCUCAAGCGAAGCGAUUGCGGGUCAAAGUGCGGGAGGCGGUGAUGCUGGAGGAGAAGUGGCACUAAGAGAUACCUGACCUACCCAUAUCGCAGGCUUCUGAUUCGUACUGUAAGACUGUGCCAUUGAGGACACUGCGGGCGUCUUCAGAGCCCGAAAACAUCACAGACGGUGCCCAAGCAUACUGUACAGACACUGCCCUCAAACCGUAUCUGAGAAAGUAUUGCUGCUGUCAGUGGGGCAGCGUUUCGCUGGGGACGGGAACUUAAGUUUACGGUACCUUACCUUCCCAGGUCAUGAUGCAUCACUCCAGCUGUCAGAGCCUUGGAAAGAUCCAUGAUUCUGUGGGAAUUUCCAGGAGAUUCCUCGAGCACAUCACUGGGGCUGCUGUGAUUGCUUUACUUGUACAGCUCAUCAGCGAUUGAUCUGGAUCAUUACGAGCCCCUGAAGCGCAGUCUCAAACUCAAUUUACUCAGCUUCAGGCGAAGAAAGUGAUAAGAUAACGUCAGGCACAACGAAUGGACGACAGGAUAAGCAAUUGUCAUCGAGCCAAUGGUAGUUUACCAUUUUCAACUUCCAUGUGUCUGCGAUUUCCCAACUCGUUCGCGUUGGGGUUUGGUGGCUUGGCUAGGCCUUGCGAUGUGUUUGGCUGGACCCAUUUCGCUGGGGCAUUAGUUUUGCUCCCCUGUCCCAGCCCGAUAAGAUCCGCGUCUCUGAAUGCAGGUUUUUUUUUUUUUUUUUCGCUCAUUGUUUCUUUGCUUUUUGUCUCUGGCGUGCCUGAGAUCAUACUUGGGGCAUCCUGGCUUAGUCAUGUCUUGCCGCCUACUCUACUAAACAACAGAUUGGAAUUCAAAAAGCCUCGUUUCAGAGAUUCAACGGAAGUUGUCCAUGCCGCAUCAAAAGCGCACUGGCGGUCUUUCUACGCCGCCCUAAACGCCGCUGUCUGCGUCAUGGCUGCAGGGCCGAAGUUAAUCUGAUUCAGGUCCCUCUGCCUGCAAGGAUACGGCGUCUGGUC